AUGGUCGAGAUGGAUACAUUAUUACACCAGUAUGAGCUCUUUUCACGCAAAAUCGUGUCCUGGAGUCAUGAGUUUGUGCAGCAAAUGGAGAAGCAAGAGGUCGAGAAGGUCGUAAAUGAUGUGAUAAUGAAUGUCGAAGUCCGGACGUUUCAAGAUGAGUUGAAAACAGCACAAAUGGAGCUCCAAUGGGCUUUUUGGUUCAAAAAAGAUGCAAAUAAUUGCGUCCAAAAGCUGUUUAAGGACAUACAGGAGACGGAGAUGUUUGAAAGCAUGGAGAAGCAGUUGAUGAACGAUCGAGUGGUCGAAUUGGAGACACAAUUGGCUCAAAAACGAGCUGUGGAGAAAGAAAAAGAGAUGGAAUUAUCGACAUUACGAGCGCAUCAGGAACAGCUCAUGGAAUCAGGUUGUAUGAAGUUUCAUCCUGAAGAAGAGAUCAAGACGUUAAUUGCCGAGAAAAAAGCGAUGGAUGUGGAAGUAGAGCAAUUGAAGGAGAGAGUUAAACAACAAACACAAGAAUUGACGUAUGUCGAGAAAGAGCGUGCAGAUUUGAAAGCAGAGACUCAGAAACUGGUGCAAGAGGCGCGUCAGCUGCGUGAAGAACAAGAGACGAGAGAGUAUCAGGCUAUGAUACAGCAGAAUGCAAAGCAGGAAGAAGAAAUUAAGAAAUUACAAGCAAUGUUAGAGGAUGCUAAAACCACCGAGGCAAAAACCAUUGGAGCGUUGGAAAUGGCAGAAAAAGUAAGGGAGAAAAACACACAGCACAAGGAGGAGCUCAAGAUUUUGUACGCCAAAUUCAGCUCGGCUAUGGAUUCAGUGUCCGAGAAGACAGUGCGGCUAGAGGAGCUAGAGCAGACGGUGAAAGAUUCAGAGAGUAUUCGAAAACAAAACAAACUGUUUGAGAAGCAGGUUGCCCAGCUACAGCAGGAAAAGGCAGAAUUGUCAGCUGCUCGAUAUCGCGAAAAAGAGGAUAUGAGCGAGGAGCUGGUUAUAGUGCAACAGCAACUUACGGAGAUGAAUGAAUUGGCAUCCCAGCAGAAGAAAUUAGCUAGUAAAUUGCAGUCUGAGAUCACGGAGCUGAAGGACGAAAACGAAGCUUUGAAGCAACAAGUCAAGCAGGAGGAUCAGAGCGUUGGUCAAUCGUCCAAGGAUAAUGACGAGGGAAACACUGACAUUGAUAACGAUUUGGUGGUCCAAGUUGCUGAAAAAGAAGCGUUGCAGAUGUUUGUGCAACGAUACUAUGCUGCCGCAGAAGAAAAGUGCCGCAGACUGCUCGAGAAAGUCAGUGAGCUGGAGUUGCAAUGCAAGCGGACGCAAGAACAGACCAAAGAGUCAUGCAGCUUAUUGCGCAUGUGCACCCAGGUUGACGCGUGCGACGAGUCUCUUCGCGCUUCGCUACAUGACGUUAUGGCCAGGUUGGACAGUUUGACGUGA